AUUAGGAAGAGGAGCCUAAGGACAUGUGAAGAAAGCAUAGGCUCCUUCUGCAGGCGAACAGUCCUGGCCCAGGAUGGGUAGCCAUGCCCCAUGGCAGGAACUAGGGGAAAAAUAAUUCACAUUCCUGAGGCUUCUGCUCUGACCCUGACACAUCUCUCUUACCCAAGAAUCAGGCAGAACAGUGGCGCACUCUCAGCUGAAAGCCUCAGCCCUGGAGCCAACAGAUUCAGACAGCAACUUUGCUCUCCAAUCAAAGAAAACUGUGUUCUCUGCUGAGGAGAGGGGAGUCAGCCCCAGAGCAAGCUCCCAGGGGGAUGGAAGUUUUACACUAAAAAGAUAAACUCUCACCCAGAGUGGCCCACAUGUGUCAUAAAGAGCCUUCAGAUGGGAGGCAGUCUUGUGUGGACAGCGUGAGGAAGACUCCGUGGUGACCUGCGUGGACCUGCAAUAUAAUCCAAUACAAGCAGGUGGAUGCUGAGGGCCAAUGAGCAGGACCAGAUGACCCCAUAGAUCACUAGCUCUGAAGGAAGCCAGCCGCCAUGUCAAGAGGACACUCAAGCAAUCCCAUGGAGAGACCCACGAGUUGGGUGUUAUCAAUUGUACCUGCAUUUAAAGGGAACUUGGAUCUGCUGGACAAGUGAGAUGAGUGCUGUAGCCUGCAUUUAGAAGAUGAACAUGGAUUUUUCACGCCUUCUAGAGGAAAAAGAAAGAGGGAAGAGGAAGGGCAAGAGAAGACAGAUGUGAUCACUGGCAUCAUUUCACCUGGACUGAACGCUAGGCUCUGUGCCUAUAACUAUACCUGGGCUUGACCCCAGAACUGGCAAUUUUCUAAGAUCUUUAUUGAUUGCCUAAUAUUGUGGCAGGCCUUGAGCCUGGGGAUACAGUGGUGAACAAGAUAAAGAGCCUGUGCUUGAUGAGAUCAUGGUCUACUGGGAGACAAGUAAACAUUUAGAGCACUAAAUGCUCUGUUGUCUUCUGCAAGAGCAUGCCGCAGUAGGGGUGUGGGGAAAGGGGUCUUAAGUCUCAUCUGGAGGGAAUCAUGGAAAGCUUCAUUGAAGAGAGUAGCCUUGCAACAGAGACUUGAAGGUGGUGUGGGAAUUUUCCAGCCCAUCCCUUCAGAGUCAAGGUCUUGUGGAGCUGAGUUUUUCUUUCUGUCCUUCACUGAGGCACCAGAAGGAAUCCUGCAAACUGGACACAGCUCAGUGGGGCCACCUGGAGGCUAACAGGAGUAGUUGCCCUCUAACCCUUCCUUACGGGGACUGAAGAGAGUCCUUUUUAGUUCGGGUCCUGGAGCCCUGGGAGAGCAGGAGAUGGAGAAAACAAAUGGAAGAGAGGGCAUUGCUCUGUCCACAGUGGAGAUUGGCAUAGAGAACCCAGGGCUGGAGCUCACGGAAGAAGGAAUAAAUCCUGAGGGAACCAGGAAGACUGAAGAGCGAGGACACAGCCUUGGGGAUGGAUUGGAACCCCUAACUCAACAGAGGAGGAACCUACAGCCUUUCACCAGGGCAAGAAGUUUCUGUAAGACACAUGCUGCCUUGUUCAAGAAGGUCCUGCUGAGCCUGUUGUGUUUGGCUUAUGCUGCCUACUUCCUGGCAGCUUGCAUCUUGAAUUUCCAUAGGGCACUGGCCUUGUUCGUCCUCACCUGUUUGGUGCUUUUAGUCCUGGUUCACCGCUUUCUGAAAAGGUUCUUUGGUGAAAAAUUAACGAGAUGUCUGAAGCCCCUUGAAAACUCCUGCCUGAAGCUUUGGAUGAAACGUGUGUUCGCGGGAGUCUCCUUGGUUGGCCUUAUCCUGUGGCUGGCUCUAGACACAGCCCAAAGGCCAGAGCAGCUGAUCUCCUUCGCAGGAAUCUGCAUGUUCACCCUCAUCCUCUUUGCCUGCUCCAAACACCACAGUGCAGUGUCCUGGAGGGCAGUGCUUUGGGGCCUAGGUCUUCAGUUUGUCUUUGGGAUCUUGGUCAUCAGAACUGAUCCUGGAUUUAAUGCAUUUCAAUGGCUGGGAAACCAGAUUCAGAUUUUUCUCAACUAUACUGUGGCUGGCUCCAGUUUUGUUUUUGGGGAUAUGCUGGUCAAGGAUAUCUUCGCUUUUCAGGCCUUACCGAUCAUCCUUUUCUUUGGAUGUGUGAUGUCCAUUCUUUACUACCUGGGCUUUGUGCAGUGGGUAGUUCAGAAGAUUGCCUGGGUUUUGCAAAUCACCAUGGGCACCACUGCCCCAGAGACCCUGGCUGUGGCAGGAAACAUCUUUGUGGGUAUGACAGAGGCACCUCUGCUCAUCCAUCCAUACCUUGCAGACAUGACGCUUUCAGAAGUCCAUGCAGUGAUGACUGGAGGGUUUGCCACCAUCUCAGGCACUGUCUUGGGAGCCUUCAUAUCCUUUGGGAUUGACACGUCAUCCUUGAUUUCUGCCUCUGUGAUGGCUGCCCCUUCUGCUCUUGCUUUGUCAAAGCUGGUAUAUCCAGAAGUGGAGGAGUCCAAGUUCAAGAAUAAGGAGGGGGUAAAAUUGCCCCGUGGGAAGGAGAAGAAUGUUCUGGAAGCUGCCAGCAAUGGAGCCACAGAUGCCAUAGGCCUUGCUGCUAAUGUAGCAGCCAACCUGAUUGCUUUUUUGGCCGUGUUGGCCUUCAUCAAUGCUGCCCUCUCCUGGCUAGGGGAACUGGUAGACAUACAGGGACUCACUUUUCAGGUCAUCUGUUCCUAUAUCCUAAGGCCCAUGGUUUUCAUGAUGGGUGUCGAGUGGGCAGACUGUCCGAUGGUGGCUGAGAUGGUGGGGAUCAAGUUCUUCACAAAUGAGUUUGUGGCCUAUCAGCAACUGUCUCAGUACAAAAACAAACGUCUCUCUGGAGUAGAAGAGUGGAUUGGAGGCGAGAAACAGUGGAUUUCUGUGAGAGCCGAAAUCAUUACAACAUUUUCACUCUGUGGAUUUGCCAAUCUUAGUUCCAUAGGAGUCACACUGGGAGGCUUGACAUCAAUGGUGCCCCACCGGAAGAGUGACUUGUCCAAGGUUGUGGUCAGUGCCCUCUUCACAGGGGCCUGUGUAUCCCUUAUCAGCGCUUGUGUGGCAGGAAUCCUCUAUGUCCCCAGGGGAGCUGAAACUGACUGUGUCUCCUUCCUAAACACAAGUUUCACCAAUCGAACCUAUGAGACCUAUGUGUGCUGCAGAGAGCUCUUUCGGAGUACCUCUCUGAAUGGCACCAACCCUCCUUCUUUUCCUGGUCCCUGGGAAGAUAAAGAGUUCAGUGCCAUAGCCCUUGCUAAAUGCUGUGACCUCUACACCAAUGCUGUCUGUGCCUAAAGCUGGUGCAUUUCCGUAACAAUACUGAUCUGGAUGGCUUUUUGAUGGCAAAGUUAUUUUCGUACUCAGAGUUCUCAUUCUACAGCUAAUUCACCUUGAUCUUUAAUAGUAAAUGUAAAAUAUUCAUUUUGGUUCACUGUAUGUCAGUAAUGAAAAUUAGCACUCGUUUUUCCAUUAUUUGGCUGAACCAAAUAAGAAAUUCCUUAUGGGCUCUGUCUGAGCUUAGAGUUGAAAUAAUAAAUGUUACGAUGUCAAAAAAUGUCUUUCAAACCUUGCUUCUAGUUGCCAUCUUAAAAAUUAUGUGAUGUGUGCCAGAACUCUUCUAUAUAUGUUUUGGUAAAACAAAUAUGGGAGGCAGGCACAGUCUGCCUUGGAGUUUGAUGAGUGUCAUUCCUCUCUGCCCCUUACUGAAAGAAGACGUAUGCAGGCAAGUUAUUCAAAAUCUUGUACCAGUUUUCUUAUCGUAAAGUGGGAGGAAUGAUGUUUGCCCUGUUCACUUCAAGAUUAUAAUAAUCAAAGCAGUGUGUGGAAGUUCUUGGAAGACGUAAAAAGUUUUUCAUGACUCUGUCCUAAAGAUGCUACCAGAAAACUACUAGAGCUAAUCAAUGAAUUUGGUAAAGUAGCAGGAUACAAAAUUAAUGCACAGAAAUCUCUUGCAUACCUAUACACUAAUGAUGAAAAAUCUGAAAGUGAAAUUAAGAAAAC